ACACACACACACACAGUACAGAGAAUUGUAGACAGUAUAGGGAGACUACAGAAGUGUACCACAUCUUGUGUUUUUUCUACAUGUAAGUACUUGUUGGACCAGACACCAAAGAUUCAGAGCUGCUGGUGAUGCCAGUGAGCCAACAGGACAACGAGGAGCCGACAGACAAAAUGUUCAUUGAAAAUGCCAACCAACGACACCCACGUUGCCACCGUGAAUUCUUUCAGCGAAGUCGACCCUACAGGGGGGAGCUGCCGACGGUGGCAGGAUUUCUCCUCUACCCGGACACUCCUGCUAAAAUGGAGACCACGUCACGGGAGGCUUUCUGCUUUAGGCCCAUCCCACAACAAGACAGAAGCAAAGGAGACCAUUUCACCCAGGGCAUGCAGCAGCAGUCCCACUGUCGUCAUCCAACAUCCUCGAGACAAACAGGAAGAGGAAACAGCAGCAGCAGGGACAGGGAACCAGGGGAGGACGAGCAAGAGGGCAACCAUGAUCAGACGGGGUUGACAGCACUGAAAAAUGAACAAGUUACAACAGAGAUGCAGUCUCAGUAUCAGAAGGAUUUCCCUCCUCCAUCCUCCUUCCGCAGGAGGCGAACACCUGCCCUCCCGCAGCCAGACAACAUUGGCAUCAACCCUGCCUUCAGGAUCGAGUUUAGCACAGUCCAAAGAGAGACUUACCCUGGUUGGCCCAUCGUGAACUGCAGGUAUGCUGGCAGUCUGAGACCGGCCUCGCCCGGACAACCAAACACUUUUCAGAGAUAGUCUUCAACAUAUGUAAGAAAUCAGCUUGCAUGUGCACUUCUAGGCAAAAAAAGUUUGACAGAACAGUCACCUCAGACUCUUGUGAUAUAUCCUCGCUAUAAAUCCAAGUUUG